ACAUCAACCUAUGAGGCAGCAAGUAACUUUAUACCAGUCAACACAGAAAUGAGAUAGCACAACAAACAAACAAAAACAAAAAAAAAAAUGAAGCACUGAACACUGCAUUCAUCAUUCUCCCUCCCCUUACACAAAUACAUGUGUGUAUGUGUGUGUGUGUGCAUAUAUGUAUAUGUGAGUAUAUAUAUAUAUGUACAUACAUGACACCACACACAUGUACCUGUAUACAACAAAAGCUACAAGAAAGUAAAAUACAUCCUAACUACUUACAGUCUGACAUUGAUUUGUUAUUUGGAGUAGUAAACCCACUAUUCCAAAACAGAAACAAGUAGAAUCAGUCAAUAUAUAUCUCACGCUAUCAUUGUGCACACGUGUUUAACUUUUAUUCAUAUAUAUAUCUGUCUAUUUAUCUAUCAAUAUAUAUAUAUACAAUUAUUUAUAUUCAUGAUAUUUAUACAUAUACAUAAUAUAUUUAUGUAAUAUAUAAUUAUAGGGAUGGAAAUAUGUAUCACUAACUUACUAGAAUAUUGUUACAUACUACUGCUUAUGAUAUAAAGAAUUAAACAGCAUUUACAGAAGUUCUAAAGCGUGAAAUUUUCUUUUACUCUAUAACAUUUGGAUUUAUAUAUUGUUGGUAAUUCUUGGAAAUUUGAUAGUAAAAUAAGAUUUGAAACAUCAAUACUAACACUGCGACAUUCCUUCAGAUUUUAUUCGCCUUAAAUUCUAACUAAAGCAGCAAAUUUCUGCAGCCAAUCUACAGCAUUGAUGAGUUAUUGAUCGGCGAUGAUGGUAACUGAAACUUCAGGCAGCAUGAAGGAAAGCUGCCAUUCAGAAGAAGACAAAGAGGAAGAGGCGAUGAACAACAGUAACCACAGUAGUAAGCAUCGACAGUUUAUGGCUAGGCUACACAGUACAAAAUCAUUUGUAGAAUCUCUUUUGGACCCCGAUGAUUCAGCUAUGCAAAGGGUUAGAGUAGAAUUUUUCACAAAUGAGAAGUCUUUUAAGGAAAGAUUGCAACUUUAUUUCAUAAAGAACCAGAGAUCAAGUUUACGGAUUAGAAUUUUCAAUUUAGUUAUCAAAGUAUUAACAUGCGUCUUAUAUGUAGUGCGAGUAAUUACAAAUGGACAGUCUUCUUACGGCCAAUGCAGUACUGAGUCUGAUGUUGGUUGGUCAUCUAAUUCCUCUGACAUAGACAGCCUAACCAUAGGGCCCAGUAUUUGUCGAAAAGAAACUGACUCAAAUGAAUCUACAAGUAUAAAAUGGGAAGACAUAUUCUGGGUAAAUCGCUCGCAAGGGUUAUGGAUUUGCCAGUUAACAGUUGCAACAAUUAGUCUCACAGAAACAGUCCUAGUUCAGUAUUUAAGUUAUAAGGGUAAUAUAUUACAACAAAUUCUGUCAGUGGAAUUCAUCUUAGAAUUAAUAAAUACAGUGCCCUUUCUCAUCACAAUAUUUAGUGUUCAGUUACGGAACCUUUUUAUCCCAGUAUUUUUCAACUGCUGGCUUGCAAAAUCUGCCUUGCAAAAUAUGUUUAAUGAUCUCCACCGUGUAAUGCAGAAAUCUCAAUCAGCUCUCGGACAGCAGUUAAUGAUCUUAUGUGCUACAUUCUUUUGUUUGGUAUUUACAAGUGCAUGUGGAAUACAGCACCUACAGCGAGGUGGGGUUAAACAAUUAGAUCUCUUCCAAGCCUUUUGGUUUGUUAUAGUUACUUUCUCAACAGUUGGAUAUGGAGAUAUCAGUCCUGAUAUCUGGCCCAGUCAACUAUUUGUUAUUAUAAUGAUUUGUACAACAUUGAUUGUACUUCCUAGACAAUUCGAGCAGCUCGCUUAUACAUGGAUAGAAAGACAAAAACAGGGUGGGACAUACAGUAGUCAUCGGGCACAAACAGAAAAACAUGUGGUUGUUUGUACAACAACUUUACAGGCAGAUACUGUUUUAGAUUUUCUAAAUGAAUUCUAUGCACAUCCUAAACUUCAGGAUUACUUUGUAGUACUAUUAUCACCAUGUGAAUUAGACCCAACAAUGAAGAUGCUGUUACAAGUACCUUUAUGGGCACAAAGAGUCAUCUACAUCCAGGGAUCAGCUUUAAAAGAUUCUGAUCUUGCUAGGUGCAGAAUGCAAGAUGCUGAGGCCUGUAUGAUAUUGGCUGCACGGAACUAUGCAGAUAAAAAUGCUGCUGAUCAACACACAAUUCUUAGAUCAUGGGCAGUUAAAGAUUUUGCACCUUUAUGUCCUUUAUAUGUCCAGAUUUUCCGACCUGAAAAUAAAUUCCAUGUUAAAUUUGCCGAACACAUUGUUUGUGAAGACGAAUUCAAAUAUGCUCUUCUUGCCAACAACUGCCUUUGUCCAGGGACAUCAACAUUUGUGACCCUCUUAUUACAUACAUCUCGAGGAUUAGAAGGACAAACUUCAAAUGCUGAUUGGCAUCGUCUUUAUGGUAGGGGAUCUGGAAAUGAAAUAUAUCAUAUAAAACUUGGGGACAGCAAAUUCUUUGGUGAAUAUGAAGGCAAAAGUUUCACUUUUGCUUCCUUCCAUGCUCAUCGAAAAUACGGAGUAAGUCUUGUUGGAAUUCAGCAGGAUAUUCAUAACUCAACCAUCCAAUUAAAUCCAGGACCAAGACAUAUCAUGAGAAGUUCUGACAUUUGUUUCUACAUGAAUAUUACAAAGGAAGAAAAUUCUGCUUUUAUUCUUGCACAUCCAAAUCAAGAGGAUCCAAAAGGAGAUAAAGCUCGUCUCCCUCAAGGGGCAGAACAGGCUUCCAGAGUGGCGAGUAUGAUUGCAAGUGUAGGUACUGUUGCAUUAGAACUACAACAUACAAAAGUCAACUCUCCAAGGUCCUGUUUAAACCGACAAGACAGUAAACGAUCACCAUUAGACUUACCAAAAGAAUUAAAUAUCCAAAGUCUUCAGAAACGGCCAAGCAUCGCUCCAGUUCCUGCUGUGCUUGAUUCCAUCAAUAUUCAUCUAAGGAUGGGGGACUCCGAUACUGAUUCAGAAGAAACAGAUUAUUCAGAAAGUGAACAGACAGAUGGUAACUGGAGUAAUAGUAUACACUUAGAUUACAUUCGAGGAUUCCCUCCAGUUACACCAUAUAUUGGUACAAGUCCCACUUUAUGUCACCUUCUAAGAGAAAAACGGCCACUUUGUUGUUUGCAGUUAGCUACGACAUGUGAGCAUUGUAGUUAUAUCAAUGCAAAAGAUUACAACUGGCCAAAUCGUGCAAUUAUUAUAGCUGCUGAUAAUGCUAGUAAUGGUUUGUACAACUUUAUUGUGCCUCUCCGAUCUCAUGCUCGUCCUAAACACACUCUCAACCCAAUAGUAUUGCUUUUGGAAAAAAAAAUCUACUACAGGGAAAUUUCAGGAUCAUUUGUAUAUCAGUUACCAGAUACUAAUUUCUUAGAGACAAUAUGUUACUUUCCAUUAGUUUACUGGAUGCUAGGAUCGAUAGAAUGUCUAGAUGAUCUUCUUAGGGCAGGCAUUACGCUUGCUGAUAAUGUGGUCAUUGUGAAUAAAGAAAGUUCGAAUUCAGCAGAAGAAGAUACCUUAUCAGAUUGUAAUACAAUUGUUGCUGUCCAGACCAUAUUCAAAUUAUUUCCUAGUGCUAAUAUCAUCACAGAAUUAUCACAGUCAUCCAAUAUGAGAUUUAUGCAAUUCCGAGCAAAAGAUUCUUAUUCAUUCCAAGUUUCCAAAAUUGAAAAGAAAGAAAAAGAGAAAGGAUCCCAUAUGUACUACAUGUUCAGAUUACCAUUUGCAGCUGGCAAUGUCUUUAGUGCUAGUAUGUUGGAUACUUUAUUAUAUCAGGCAUUUGUAAAAGACUAUUUGAUAACAUUUGUUCGUCUGCUACUUGGUAUUGACCAAGCAGUGGGAUCUGGCCACUUAUCUUGUAUGAAGAUAGCAAAAGAUGAUUUAUGGAUAAGAACAUAUGGACGGCUGUACCAGAAACUUUGCUCAACAACAUGUGAAAUUCCUAUUGGAAUUUAUCGGACACAACAACUCGAUGGAUCUGAUACAAACUCAUCAGGGACAUUUACAAUCAUCAAAGAUCAAUCAGCAAUGAAUUUAGCAUUCAAACAGUCUGUUGUUUCUUUAAGUAUGAAUCAUGAAACUGAAGAGCAAUCUACCUACCAUACAAAUACAACUCCUGAACGUCAAGAGAUUGCACAGAUGGUUAGAUGCCGGAUGGCUCAUCUUAAUCUUCCAUUAAAAGAUUAUAAUGAUUGUGGUGAAAAGAAAAAUUGCUUAUCAUAUGUUAUCACUAAUCCCAGUUAUGACACAAAAUUAGUUCUUGAUGAUAUCAUAUAUCUUAUUCGACCGAGUUCAUUGUCCCCUCACCCCUCGCCACUGGUAGAUGAACGCAAACUGUUGAAGAAAAAUCAAAUAGUAAAAGAUUCUAAGCUACACAGCCUCAGUGAAAGAGGUGAGCCAACAGGGGCAGACAACUCAGAUACCGAUGAGAAUUCAGACAACAAACUAGGGCCUUUCCCUCAUUUCAGGAGAACAAGGAUUUCAACCAUACUGGAAGACAACAAAUAUUUUCCUACCUUUGAAUCUCCAAGAUUUACCAACACUUCAUCUGAUGGCCUUAUAUCAGUCUGGAACAAAGUUAUGAACUGCCUUCAAUGUAGUCAGUCAGAGAGGAUACCAGUUGAAUAUACUCACAGUGAUGAAGACGAGGACACAGCUAAUAUUGAAGAUUCUAAAGAUACAGAAGAUGACAUUUCAGAAUCUGAUGCUGAAGAAGAGACAAGUUGUAGCAGAGAAGGCUAUAAAGGAAUACGAGGAACUGUUGUUUGAAGUAAUUUAGAUUGAAAUCCUUUGAGUAUGCAAAACUUGGAAUAUUUAUCUUUUGCUUUUUAUCUAAAACCUUAUCUGGAUAAUGCUCUUUCUCCCCUGCUGAUUGUGAAAGGUCAUAAAUCUUAAACUGUUGUAUAUCAUCAAUAAGAAUAUACUCCAGAACACAUAUUUAUAUACUGAACAGCUUUUUGAACAUGCUGAACAUAUUCCUCCUGUUGAGUGAAUAAUGAAAAAUAAAUUAUAAAUGAAAGAAAAUCUCAAAACCUUAUCAAAAAUUUUUUAAAAAAACACAUUUUUUUCAAAAAAUUUAACUUCCAUAUUGCCUAUAUUUUGAAUUUUUUCCAUACACCCAUGCGAUAUUUAUUUCCUAUUUUUGAUACCAAUUUGUGACUGUGCUGGCACAGUUUUGAUGGCCUCUUAACACUGCUUUCUUCACAUCAAUAAAGUUGCCCUUAUUGUUCAUUAUACAGUGAGAGCAGCAACUACCUAACUCUCGAUCUACAAGAGAUCUAUGUUUUAUCAGUGACUACUGGUCCCAGUACAUGAACAAUAUGUGUAAUACCUCAUGCUGAUAUGCAUCAGUUGAAAUUUUGAAAUUUUCCGAAAGUCAAAGAACUAUUUUAACAUUCAAAAAUUGUGUAAAGGUAAUUAAACAAAUAUGUAUUUAUUUAAUGAAAGAGAUUUUUAGUAUCUCGAUCAAUGUUAGUAUGCUGGAAGAUAUUCAACCCAACAGUUUUGUGUUCUAAAAUGAUUGAAUCACUUACUUAGAAGCUAACCAUAUGAGAUAUGAUUUCUGUUAAAAUUAUAACCUAUGUGGUCCAUAGCACUGAUGAUAAAGAAGGAAUAUAUACAGACUGAAUUAUUUCCAUUUAUAGACUAUGCAAUUUUAAGGCAAAUACUUAACCCUUCUUUUGAUAACUGUGGAUGCUGACUUUUUUCAUUCCCCAGUUGAUUGUUUGAUAUUCCCUUUAUUAAAUGGUUUUCUGUAGGAUAUUUCUUCAUCCUUUAUAUUUAGAAUUGUUUUUGAGAAAAAUAUUGAAUACUGAUGAAUUAUUCUUACAUUAAUAUAAAGUGUAUUAGCAGUAUUUGCAAGAACCUCUUGUCUUAGAUCUAGGAAAGCAUCUGUUCUAAUAACAUCCAGUUAGUAUUCAGGAAGAUUUCCUAAACCAGGCAUCCAUCUUAUUUGGUGUUCUUUUGAUCAGUAAUCUAAAACACAAAAAAAUUAGCAACUUUCAGCAUCAUAUAAGCUAUAGUUAGUCUUUUUAAAAUUCUACCUCACUAAAUUUUAGAAGUCAGAAAUAUCAGCAUUUAUUAAUGAAGGACUAUAGGGAAAAUAAAUUCUGUUAUGAUUGACUUUAUGUAAGUAUAAUGUUUAAAUUUUAAAAUGCAUUUUAAUAUUUUAGUUUAAAAUAAUAACAAACUAAGAUAUGAACAUGUAACUGUU